UGCCGCUGGGGUUGGAGUAGUGUCUGCCUGGGGUUUUGAUCGAUUUCGUUUAACGUUUGUCUCCGGCUGUAUGACAGGUAUCCAAGACUGUAGAUGAGAGUCUUUCUGUCUCCUACAACGUGCAGUAUUACUAUGAAUAUCAAUAAUAAAGGUGCUUUGAAACUCACUAAAAUGGAGAAGAAAUUCUUAAGGAAACAGAGUAAAGCCAGGCAUGUGUUGCUGAAACAUGAAGGCAUCCAGGCAGUAUCUUAUCCCACUCAGAGCCUGGUUGUUGCCAAUGGUGGUCUGGGUAAUGGUGUGAGUAGGAAACAACUGCUUUUGACUUUAGAGAAAUGUGGAUCUGUGGAAGCUCUCCUCAUGCCACCUAAUAAGCCAUAUGCAUUUGUAAUAUUCCAAACUAUUGAAGAAUCCAAGAAAGCCUAUUCUACCCUCAAUGGAAAAGAAAUCAUUGAUGAUUUGGGGCAGAAGAUCUUUCUGUACUUGAAUUUUGUUGAAAAAGCACAAUGGGAAAAAAUGGGACUUCAAGCCUCACCUCCAGGCCUUUUGGUGGUAGAAGACAUUAUUUCUGAGGAGGAAGAGAAAAUGCUUUUGGAAAGUGUUAAUUGGACAGGAGAUACAGGCAAUCAGAAUUGUCUUCCUGAGAUUUGCAGUAGCAUUUUGGAGAAGUUGUUGAAAGAAGGUUAUAUUAAACAUAAACCAGACCAGUUGACCAUAAAUCAAUAUGAGCCUGGGCAUGGGAUUCCUGCCCAUAUUGACACGCAUUCUGCAUUUGAAGAUGAAAUUAUUUCUCUCAGUUUGGGGUCAGCGAUUGUUAUGGAUUUCAAGCACCCAGAGGGUGUCACAGUACAAGUGAUGUUACCGCGUCGGAGUUUGCUGGUGAUGACAGGAGAAUCUAGAUACCUUUGGACUCAUGGAAUUACACCUCGAAAAUUUGAUACCAUUCAAGCGUCUGAGCAAUUUAAAGGUGGAAUAAUCACCAAUGACAUCGGAGACUUGACUUUAAGCAAGAGGGGAAUGCGAACGUCCUUUACGUUUAGGAAAGUGAGGCGAAUGCCCUGCAAUUGUAGUUAUCCCUCAGUCUGCGACAGACAGAAGAAGGCCACAUCUCCAUCCCUUCCCGAGAGCAGUAAAGAAGCACUGGAGCUCGAGCAAAAGCAUGUCCAUAAUGUGUACGAUGAAAUUGCAAGUCACUUCAGCAGCACAAGGCAUAGCCCGUGGCCACGCAUAGUAGAGUUCCUGAAAGCUUUGCCAAGUGGUUCCGUAGUGGCAGACAUUGGAUGUGGAAAUGGAAAGUACCUUGGCAUCAACAAGGACUUAUAUAUGAUUGGGUGUGAUCGUAGCCGGAACCUUGUGGACAUUUGUAGAGAGAGGCAGUUCCAAGCCUUAGUCUGCGAUGCAUUGGCUGUUCCUGUCAGAAGUGGGUCUUGUGAUGCUUGCAUCUCUAUUGCUGUCAUUCACCACUUUGCAACUUCAGCGCGCAGAGUGGAAGCUCUCCAAGAACUUGCCCGUCUCCUGAGACCUGGUGGGCAGGCCCUCAUUUAUGUCUGGGCAAUGGAACAAGAAUAUAAAAAUCAGAAGUCCAAGUAUCUUAAAGGAAACAGAAUUAGCCAAGGAGAUAAAGAUAAGCUAAACAGUGCCACAUCCAUGGAAGAACUGCUAGUAAAUCAAAUGCCUGAGGGAGUCAGUGAAGACCCAGCAUUGUCUGUCCACUCCAGUAAUCACACCAAAGAAGAAGAGUAUAAGUCAAGGAAAGUUCCUAAUUCUGAGCUUCCUAUUCAUACAAAUAGGACCUGUUUUCAUUCCCAAGAUGUGCUGGUUCCCUGGCACCUCAAAGGAAACCCUGGUAAAGACAAAGCUGUUGAACCAUGUGAGGUAGCAGGAUGUCCUGACCCAAGUCCUGUGUUUCAUCGUUAUUACCAUGUUUUCUGUGAUGGAGAGUUGGAAGCUUCCUGCCAGGCUGUGGGUGGUGUUAGCAUUCUACAGAGCUAUUAUGAUCAAGGGAAUUGGUGUGUUGUUCUUCAAAAGGUCUGAUCAUUUAUCUGAACAUAUCAUGUGUAAAGAACAAAAUACAGAUCUGUUUUUGAAAAGGAAACUAAAUUUCCUCUUUAAAUAAUGAAAUUUGGGGGAUGUUACAAAGGAGAACUGAGAACAGAGAUACUUAGGAAACAUUCUAUUUCCAUCAUCUGACUUGAUAAACGUAGGUUCCUCUUACAUGCCUUUUAAGUAUGGUGUUUGACAUUAACUUGUGAAAAGUCUGUGAUGUUUGUGUAAGUGUAUAUAUAGCAUUUGAAUAUAAGCUUUUGUGUUAAAAUCUUUUUAUAGCUCCUAACUUAUGUAGAGUCAUAAUGAAGCAAUUAUGUGAGCUUUUAAUGAAGUGAGAAUACUCCUGAACAAUAAGAAAGUAUCUGAAGUUUUAUCUGAAAUUGUUUGUUCCAAAAACUCAUACUUUCUCACUUCAUCUUUCUAUUACAUUCUAGAUGCCUGCCCAGAAACACUUUAGCCAAAAGAUUCUCAGAAAUUAAUAGAAAUUUAAUUCAACAGAUAUUCAUUAAACACACACCCUAUACUGAUUAGUAUUAAAUACUAGGAGUGGAGUUGUAAACAAGUAAAAGAGGUUGGGGUGUAGAUAAGUUGAAGAACCUUUGUUGGCCAUUGAGGCUCUAGAUUUAAUACCAAUUACCACAAACAUAUACACACCAGCAGAAAACAAGAAUGAAGACCUAUUUCUAGAGAGCUUACCUUCAAGAAGGGAUGGCUAUUAAAAGCAAACAAAUAAGUAACUAUUGUGUUCGUGGUGACCAUAAAUGACAUGUAAAGAGUAUAGAAGGAUAUUAACCUAUAACCAAAAGAUUGCUUUUUAAUGGCUGAAAUAACUACUAAUCCUGAGUAACUUAUUACCAGAAAUCACUAUUCCUGAUCUAUUGGUCUAAGCUCUUAAAACAACUCUAAUAGUUCCUUUUAACAGUUAAAUUGCAAAAGUUAAAAUGUUUUCAGUGAAACCAAACUUUGUUCUUGCAGUCACAAUUGGGUGUUCCUUGUUCAUAGUUUGUCCCAAUUCAGGGUUGCAUUUUCAUCUAGUCAGUGAAACCAAAAGCAUGUUCUUGGAAAGUAUUAGUAAAAUUGAUGGAUAUUUAUUUACCCAGACUGAGUUGACCAGGGGGAACUUUUUGUGAUUUUUGUAAUUGCUUCAAUUAAAAAAAAAUUAAUUAAAAGUAACCUGUAAAUGUUUUUAAAACAAUCAUGUUCUUUUAAAAAUGUUUAUAAUUAACAUUUUUAACUGUAGUAGGAGUCUUUAAAAUUCUAUUUGCAUAUAUAAUUUUGUUUUGUUUCAUUUUGUUUUUUUGAGAGAAUAUCUCCUAUAGUCCAGGUUGACUUCAAUCUUGCUUUGUAGCCAAGGAUCAUCUUGAAUACCUGAUUCUCCUACUUUCACCUUUCCAGUUCUGGGAUUACAUGUACCACCAUAGCAGGCCUAAGUGAAGUUAUAUAUAUAUAUAUAUAUAUAUAUAUAUAUAUAUAUAUGUAUAUAUAUAUAUAUGAAAACAUAAAAUGCUGGUUAUAUAUUAAAGCAGCAGUUCUCAACCUGUGUGUCAUGACCCCUUUGGGGGUGAAACUACCCUUAAGACCAUUGGAAAUAAUAAAUAUUUACAUUAUGAUUCAUAAUUGUAGCAAAAUUAUAGUUAUGAAGUAGCAACAAAAAUAAAUUUAUGGUCGGGGUCACUACAGCAUUAAAGGGUCCACAGCAUUAGGAAGGUUGAGAACCACUGUAUUAAAGGAACAUGUAGACCAGUGAAAUGACUUCAUUGGUACAGGAAUGUGUCACCAACCCUGAGUUCAGUCCCCAGGGCCUAUAUACCCACUUAUGCUUGUGCAUGUGUUCCUAAGUACGCAAAUACACACACACACACACACACACACACACACACACACAUGCGCACAAAUACUCAUACAACUAAAUACCUUUUUUAGAGAAAGGGUUUUACUUUGUAGUCUUGACUGUCCUGGAACUAGCUAAAUUGAACAGGCUGUUCUUGAGCCCACAGAAUCUGGCCUAUCUUUGUCACGUGCUGGAAUUGAAGGCCUGUCCCAUCAUGUUCAGCCAAA